UAUAUGUUUGGCUGGAAAUUUAUUUUAACUAUGAUCCAUUCCAGGUACCCUCCUGCAUCGAUCAGAAAGCGUCUGUACGUUGCUCGUGUAGGCAAAAGGCGUUAUUUGUACACAGCACGUGUUGGAAAGUAG